CACGACCACACACACACACACACGCACACACGCUCGGCGCGGUAGUAUUGUGUAUAUGUGUACGAUAAUUUUCGGUUUCUUUUUCUCAAAGCCGCGCACGGUGUACACGCGCGCCGUCGCAGAUUCCGAUUAACCGCGAUAUUCUCUAUCGUCUUUCCGCCGGACGUCGUGAAACCCGUCGACCCGACCGCCGCGAUCCGCACCGAGUUCCGUGUCGCGCGCGCCCGCCCGAUUCCGUCCACCACAUUCCUGGGAGAAUUGUCGUCGGUAAAAUCAACCGGACGAAUUGAAAAAAAAAAAAAUUAUUAUAUUAACGUGCGUAUAUUGUAAUACCUACACACACACACACAUACACGCGCGCGCGCACGCACACACACACACACAAAAAAACACUCGCACGCACACGCGUACACAAACGCGCGCGCGCCUCGCCACCCUGCCGCCGUCCCAGUUCACUUCGUAUUCGUAUCGUCGAAACGGCGAUUACUUUUGGGCCACCGCCGUCCGUCGCCGCCGUACGCGGAACAUGCUAACAACGUUUAGCUGAACUGAACAGCACCAGAGACACGGGCCGUCAUCGGAAAAUGUUAUAGCAGGUACGUGGGGGAUAGUGUUUUUCGCUAUUUUUUUUUUCGUUAUUAUUUUUCGCUUUUCUGUCGGCCUCCCGUGUAAAUAUCGCCUCACGUCACGAAAUUUACACCGUGUGUACGCUUCCGCCGACGCCGACACAAGACGGCGACAACCACAGUUGCGUACGGUCGGCACGGUACAUCAUUACGCGUUUCCCUUCACGGCCAAACUGUAAACGGCUACGCUCGCCGCCGUAGGUGAUCGUUUUGAUGAUACUUUGAUAAUGGAACACCACAUAAAUAAUUGCUUAUGAACGUCGUGGUCGUCGCCCUUAUGCCAAUACUUAUCACCAUCUAUUCUUGACCCGUUAUAAUUUCCAUGGAUUUACAUGUAUCAUUCCGUUUCGUGGUGUUUCGUGCGAUUUUACUUUAGAACCACUUCCCUUGGCCAUACGCCGUGCCGUUUGCUUUGCAAAGGUAGGUAAUUUAAAAAAAAAAAAUAAAAAAAAUGCCUACUGCAUUUUAAUAUUAUCAAUAACCUAGAAAAUCUUGUGUGUGCGCAUCAUAUACUACUCAGUAAGUUGACUGGUUUUUAUUUCGUUUCCACUAACAUUUCUGGCUAUUUUUUGGUUAAUUGUUGUAUAAAAUGCCUAAAUACAAAUUAUCAUUUAUAAGACACUAGUGCUAUAAUAGAUUGUGUGUGCUUUUGUUUUCUUGAUACCACUAGACACCGGCUGCCUGUUAAGUGCGACCGGAACCAAGUUUCGGACAGUUGCUAACGAUCAAACAACCACCAGGUUUAUUAAUCAAAUGGCGCUGCCAAGUCGAGCGCGAGUUUACGCAGAUGUCAAUUCUCACAAACCCAGAGAAUAUUGGGAUUACGAAUCAUAUACAGUAGAAUGGGGGUAAGUUUUGCUAUUAAUUUAAUUUUAGUGCUGCAACUAGCUGGGUAACUGAAAGUGCAUGGUAAAGUUUGCGAUAAAUUCCCUAAUGGUCCUGAAAUAUACCGAUAGAAGCUAACUAAUAACCCAGAUAGGUAAUACUAAAUAGUAAAAUUUAAAAUUAUUAAAAACAACUUGUGGCAAUCUGUUCCUAUAAACCGUACGUGAACAAUAGUGUUAAUAUUUUAAUAAAGAUUUUUUUAUGAUUAUAUUUUUUAAAGGUGUGCCCUUUGAGGUACCACAAAAUUUAGUUGCAGCACUCGAGUUAGUAUAUUAUCUUGAAAUAGUAUAAAUAAGUUAAGUAUUUGUAUUUUUUGCUCACUGAACAUUUUGAUCAAACUGUUCUGUUUGAAAAUUAAUCAUUAAUUAUUAAUUAAAUAAUAAAUAUUUGGGUAGUAACAAAAUUAAUUUUAAGCUAUUUGAUUUUUACUUAAUGUUUAUUGUGAUUAAUUUACUUAUGAUUAGUCAUUAGGUAUGUAUGUACUCAUUGGUGUUGACAAAAUCAAUUAUUUUGGUAUAAAAAAUAUAUGUGUUAAGUACCUAUAGUUAGCAGCUAAUACUUAUGAAUGAAAUUUAUAUGAUAUCAAAUUAAAUUGAUACUUAUUUUAUUUAUUUGUUAAUUACCAGUAAAAUAGUGUAGCUAGGCACUUUAUAAUUCUUAGCGCAUAUCUGCUUAAAAGUUAUUUAACUAUAAUUAAUUAUGAUUUUAAAGUAGUGCUUGCUCUCUUAGGGUUGUACACAAAAAAUAAUUAAGUACAUAACCUAUUUACCUAUAAUAAAUAAAAUGAAUUAAUAACUUAUUAGGUACAGUUAGUUGUGUAAAGAAAGUGUUUGUAGUUAUAAUUAAUUAAUUAAAUUACAUUAAAAUGUCUUUACGCUUCAAUUGUUCGCCCUGUACUGGAAUAUGCUCCAAUCAUAUGGGAAACAUAUAAUAUUGGCCAUAGUGAACAAAUAGAAAAAAUUCAAAAUAAUAUGCUGUGUUUUAUCUGUUUUAAAAGAAAUUUAUAGACCUCACUCUGGAUAUGAUGCUAUUCUUAAUUUUUUGAAUUUGAUACCAUUAAAAUAUAGAUGAAACCUUCAUUCCAAACAAUAUCACUCUAAAAGUAAAUAAACAUAAAAUUUAUAAUAAAAAAUUAUUUUAUUUAAAACAUUCUCAAAACAUGUCGCGUAUACCUGUAAAUAUCUUGCUAUUUACUGGGAAUUCUGUAAAUCAUUGCAAUUUUUUUACUCUAUUAAUCAAACUUAUUAGAACUUAUAAUUAUGUACUUAUUUGCGUUUUAUCUUUUAUCUUUUUAUUGUUUUAAUAUAUUUUAGCAUCUAUGAUACAUAAUUCUAUAUUGUAUUUAUAAUCUACACUAUUAUAUAAUUAUGUAUGUUUCAAUGUAAAUUGGACUGAUGUCUGUUAAAUAAAUAAAUAGACUCAACUUUUUUAUCAACUCAUCAACGUUUAUUUUAUAUAAAAUAUUUCUAUUCCGUUGUUAUUUCUGCUAAAUUGAAUAUAUAACUUACAUUUAAUACUUGUCUAUUCUUUAUUAUUAAUAAUUAUAUAUUCAUAUGUAGUAAGGGAUGGGAAAGUUUAGUCUUCUAGCAUGGACAAUACUACCUUCUCCCUAAAUUUAGAAUUUUAGGUCAGCCAUAUAUAGUAAGGUUAAAAACUCCCUCAAUAUAUUUUAUCACCCCAGGUAUAAUCCAUGAAAAUAUUAAUGAAAUGUAGAAAAUCAUAACAUGCUUAAUAGUUAUUAAACUGUAUAUUAAAAAUUAAUACAUAGGGCACUUAUAUAUUUGAUAAAUAUACUUGAUAUCUAAUAAAUAUGAUUCAUUAUUUUAGGCAACAAGAUGAUUAUCAAUUGGUAAGAAAACUUGGUAGAGGUAAAUACAGUGAAGUAUUUGAAGCAAUUGAUGUAACUAGUAGUGAAAAAUGUGUUGUGAAAAUUUUAAAGGUAAAAAAUUAAAUAUUAUUUUAUGAGAUAGCUAAUAUAUAAAAUGUGUACAUAAUUUUUUUUUAACAACAAAUCAAUUUAUUUUUUACAGCCUGUAAAAAAAAAGAAAAUCAAAAGAGAAAUAAAAAUUCUUGAAAAUCUGAGGGGAGGUACCAACAUUAUAUCGCUGCAGGCAGUGGUAAAAGACCCCGUUUCCCGUACACCUGCUCUUAUAUUUGAGCAUGUUAAUAAUAUGGACUUUAAACAACUUUACCAGACGCUGAAUGAUUAUGAUAUUCGAUUUUAUCUUUACGAGUUGCUCAAGGUGCUUAUUCUUUUGUUUAUAUACUUAUUUAAAUGUUUUUACUAUUAAAUAAAUAGACCAAUAUUUUUGGUGCUAAUGUUUUAAAUUUAUGCUGCGUAAUAAUGCACUUGAAUCUGAAUCAUGUAAAUUUAUGGAUACAUAGUAUAGCAAAAAAUACCCAAAUAGAGGUCAAAAAAAUAGUAUAAAGAGAAUAUGUCCAAAGUUCAAAUUUAAAAUCGUUGUUUUGUGUGACAAAACUUGCCUUUUUUCUUACUAUUAAUUUUAUUUAUAGCAGAGUCAUCAAUAUUGCAUAACACAUCAUAAAGUUCUCAUUUGUGUUAUUCAGUACUUUUUAAUAAUUAAAUUAAAAAAUAAAAAUGUACAGAUGUCAUUAUUUGUAUUUAUGUUAAUAAAAAUAAGAUUGUUACAACACAAUGUUCUUCUUAAAGUGUUAUGCAAUUCUCUAAUCAUAAUUAUAUACAUGAAAAUAGCUGUCACUCAAAAUGCUUUUUUCUUACAAAUGAAUGUUAUUUCUCGAUGAAAAAUAUUUAUUAAAUGUACUCGGAACUUCAUAUUUGAAAGAAAUUAGAAUAUUUUUAUGUUUAUUUUUUUUUCAAAAAUGUGGACAUUUUCUAUUCAUAAUCACUUUAAAUAAUUACUAUAUUUGUAUUUAGACAUUCUUGUGCCCUAAGCUGAGAUAUUUCUCUCCUGAAUUCAAUAUUAUAUUUUAUAUUAUGUAUAAGUGGAUGAGUAGAAUGAAAAGAGAAGAUAGGAUAAGGAAUUAGUACAUAAGAGGUACUUUAAAUGUGUGUUUGAUAAUAGUCAAAGUGAGAGAAAAUAGUCUGGUUGUUUUAGUUUGGGUAUGCCACGUGGAGAGACAAUCAAAAGCUGUAAAAUAGUAAUGAAAUUGGAUCUAGAGGGAGAGAGAAAAACUGAAAAAGAAGUAGUUGGAUUUCUUUAGGAACAAUAUGAGAAUGACCGGUGUCUAAGAGUAUGAUGUGUAGGGUAUUGGGUUAAGUGGAAGUUUAGGGCUGACCCCAAAUAGUUAGGAUAAAGGUGAGGAGAAAAUAUACAUUUUUUUUUAAUUAGCGAUUUAGGGUGUAUAGGCACAUUAUAAUAAUAUACCAAACACACUUAUCACAUAUUUUUGUCUAGUAAUAAUAACAUUUUGGUGUCUUAAUAUUGGAUUGAAUUAAACUAUUAUCAAACUUAAAGAUAACAUAUUCUCUGUAAUUUUAUUAAUUUUUUUGCUCAAUAUUUCAAUAUUUAAGUGACCUGAGUAUGUAAAAUAUCACUAUUAUAAGAUAAAACACCAUAUGAAAAUAUGGCAUCUUUUUACAAAAUUAUUUAUUUAUUAAACUUGACAGUAUACCUUAUUUAUAAAUAUUUAUAUUAGCACAUUUUGUAAUAAAAAGUGAGAUUAUAUGAAGUUUUUCAUUCAUAAUAUGUACUGCGUAUUACGAGAACGCAUAUGGCUUGCACUCUGUUGUCGAAUGUGUCAUAUAUCAUAGUGGGAAUCUGUUGUGCAUGUUUUGUAGUAGGGAUGUGUGAAAAUAUACAAGUUUUGGUCCGCUGCCAUAUGCGUUCUCACGUGAUACGAAGUAUAGUGUCACUUUGAUUGUGCAUAACUUAAAUCAUACUACUUUUGUUAGUAUAUAUUGUUAAUAUUGUUUAGUUUAAAAACUUAUUAAUAUGCUUGUUAUAGGCAUUGGACUAUUGCCAUAGUAUGGGCAUCAUGCAUCGUGAUGUCAAACCACACAAUGUUAUGAUAGACCAUGAAAACAGAAAGUUGCGUUUAAUUGAUUGGGGUCUAGCAGAGUUUUAUCAUCCUGGUCAAGAAUACAAUGUCCGGGUUGCCUCUAGAUAUUUCAAGGGUCCAGAGUUACUUGCUGACUAUCAGGUUCAGUAUUUUAUUAAAUCAUAUUAAUGUUCUUUUUAUUAAAUUUAUGUUUAAUUGAUGUUAUUAUUAUUUUAGAUGUAUGAUUACUCGUUAGAUAUGUGGUCUUUAGGCUGCAUGUUAGCAAGUAUGAUAUUCAGGAAAGAGCCGUUCUUCCAUGGACAUGAUAAUUAUGAUCAACUUGUGCGUAUUGCAAAGGUUCUAGGAACUGAAGAACUAUUUGAAUAUUUAGACAAGUAUCAUGUUGAAUUGGAUCCAAGAUUUUCUGAUAUUUUAGGAAGGUAUAUAUACUUAUAUAUCUAUUAUAUUUUAUUUAUUUAUUUUUGUAAUUAAACUAAAUCAUUUAAACUUAAAUUUUAGGCAUUCGAGAAAACGGUGGGAGCGUUUUGUACAUAGUGAAAAUCAACACCUAGUAACACCAGAAGCUUUAGAUUUCUUAGAUAAACUCUUGCGUUAUGAUCAUUUUGAACGGUUGACUGCUAGAGAAGCAAUGGAUCAUCCAUAUUUUUGUGAGUACUUCAUUGCAGUUUUUUUAUAGUAAUAUUUAAAAUGAGUAUGAUGAAUAUUUAUAAAUUGAUGUUCUUGUUAUUUAUAGGCUAUGGAAUUCUAAAGUAAUUUAUGAGUUCCGUGUGUUUAUAAUAAACUGAGAACAAAUGAUUUUGUUUAAAGUUUUCAACCUGACUCACCUUAAAAUGUUAAUAUUAUUGGUUUAUUAUUUUAUUUUAUUUUACACAUUAAUCUAGUCUAUGUAAAUCUCAAUUCACCUUUAUUGUGUUGAUGUAUUGUCUCAUUAUAAAUAAUACUAGUGAGCUAAUUACUAUUACACAAUUUAUUAUGAAUUUCAAAUACUUUUAUUUUUUUUUAAAAUAUUCAGUGAUAUUAACAGUUAAAUCAAUGAAAUAAUACAAACAAUAAAUAGUUCAUAUUUAUAAUUUUAUUAUAACAAUUGGUAUUAAACUAAAAAUUAAAAACUCAUAAAUUGUUUAUCACAUUUAAUGUUUUAUAACCAUUAUAUUUAUACAAAUUUUUAAUUUUCGAUGUUCAAUAUUGUCAAUGAAACAAUACAAUCUAUAAAUGAAGGAUUUAUCAUGUCUGUCAAGAACAAAGUUACCUAUAUUAAAUAUGUUAAAUUCCUUGCCAGCUAAUAAUGUUCGGUUUUGAUUUUACAUACAAAGCCCUGAGUGAAUCUGAUUUUUUUGUUGAUGAACAUAAAUAUAUUUUUUAACAUAUGUAUGUAUUUAUUAUUAACCAGCAAUUUAGAUGAAACUUUAUUUGAAAAUUAAUAAAAAAAAAACUUCUAUUAACUUGAUGUGGUUUGCAAAAGAUUCAGCUUAUAAAAGUUGUAUAUACAGCUUUACAUUCCUGCAAAUCACUUUUUAGUACAUAUUAUCUGAAACGUUAUGAAAUAGCACUUUUUAAGUUUUAUAUGUUUCUUAAAAGUUAGUGAUUUUAUUAACCCUAGUAUGUGAUUGUGGUUAAAAGUACUAACUUGCUGUUAAUAGUGAAUUUUUUUAAUCAUAAACAGUAUGUUAGCCAACAAUUAUGAAUUAGCAAACUUUUAUUACAAUACAUAGUUAAAAAUUUAGAAAUUAUUUCUAAAUAACUACAGUUUUGUAGAUAAUAUUUAUGUUAUGGUUUUAGAUCCAGUAGUAAAAGAGCAGUCUCGAAUUAAUUUGGGUGCAUCAUCUGUAUCUCCAACACCAAUAACAGGUACAUAAUUAUUAUUAUUGAAUUAAAAUAAUUUUGAUUUGAUGUAUUUCACUAUUCAUUAUGUUAUUUAAUUAUUAAACCAGUGAUAGUUUGUAAAAUAUAUUUCUGUCAUUCAUGUGUUAGGUUAACAAUUAUGUUCUAAUACUUGUUUUAUAUUUAAAGUUAAAAUACACAUUUUACAAAUUAUUUACUUAUUAUAAUAAUUUAUGCCUGUACGUAUCCGUUAUAUAUUUUGUAAAAUAUACUAAUAUAAAUAGUAUGUUAGUAUAAUUACGUUCUGGUUUCUUAAAUCUGUUAAAAUAUAAAAUAAACAAUGGUUGACUGAAAGAUUAACUAAAAUUAUAAAUUUGAUUCUUAUUUUCCCAAGAUACUCUUAAUAAUAUUCUAUACAACAUAAUAUUUACACUAUGGUAUUUUAAUGUAUUUUGUUUUACAAUUGUUUUAUUUGCUGAUAAUUAGGCACAUCUAAUUUCUAUAAAACUGUUAAAAUAAGUUUGUUCAUUGUAUAUUUUAAAUUAUAAUUUCUAGAUUGAUCAUUUGAUAAUAAAUUGUGAUAUUUUAUAAAUUGUGUCUAACUAUAAAACUGGAGUAUUUUGUUGUUAUUUUGAACAAAAAAUAUUUAAUUGUUUUAUAGUAUAUCAAAGUUUUUAUACAUUUAAAUUUAAAAGACCAGUUUUUCUUUAUUGAAAAUGAAUAAAUAGAUAUUUUAUAUAUAUUUAUAAUGAAAACCUAUUUUGAUAUAUAUUUUUUUCUUUGAAUGUUGGUUAUUAUUAUUGACGUAUAUAGUUAAAAAUUCAAAUAAAAUUUCUAAGUACAUUAGGCUGGUUUUACCAACCUCUUUUAACACAUUGCCAGGCACUUAUUAAUUUUUUAAAAUAUCUAUAAUACCGCACUUUUUGUUUUAAAUAAACACAAAAAUAAAAGAUAAAAAUAUGUUAGUGUUUUAAUACAAUGAUGAUCAUUUUGAUAUCAAUGAAAAAUAUGAAUUUGUCCAUAUUACUGUUUAUAUCAAUAAUGUGACAAUACUAUAGCAUAUUCUUAUGUUUCCAUCUAUGUGUUAAUCAUGCUAUUAAAUUUUUAACGUAAUGUUAGUUAAUAAAAUGUUGAGUUAAACAUCUGGUUAUUACAUUAUUUAUUUUAAGUUUUAAGUGUUUAAAGUUUAAACAAAGUAAAUACAAAUUUUAUUUAUUUUUCUUUAUAUAAAAAUGAAAGUUAGGAUAACUGAUCAUAUGAUAUAUAUACAUAUAUUUUGACAAAUUAUUAUUUGUAUUACAAAGAGAUAUUUCCUUUAAUAAUAAAUAUAACGAUGGAUAAAAUAUUAUAUUUUCUAAUAUUUAUACAAGAACAUUGGUAUUUUUUUUUUUUUACAUAAUCUUGGGUAUAAUAAUAUCUAAACAAAUUAAUGGUAGAAUUAUAUUAAACUUUUGAGUAGGCAAAAUGUAUAACAUAACAUAAUUAUGUUCUGUUUAAGCAUAAAAAGUAAAUCGUAAUUUAAUAAUUUUUUUUAAUGUAAAUUAAAUUUUUGUGGACCAAUAUUAUUUGAUAAAUUAUUUUAAAACUGAUAAAAAAUAAUAAUUUUGAAGCACUCAUCAUAAAUUCUAAAGUAAUAUAUUAUAUAUUUUUGGUAUUUUUGAGACUAUUUAAACAUGUUAGUUAAAAGGCACACUUUUUUUUUCAGCAGGUGGGAAUGGAAUAACUUCUCCGAAUGCUGUUGGUGUUCUACAGUGAGUUCCUCGAUGAGACUAUGCUGCUUUUUUGCUUUUUGGACAAAGUUAUUUAAAAAAAAAAAAAAAAACACCUUUUUCUCAGGAAUAUCACACUCAAAAAACAAUUUUGUUUUUUAUUUUUUACUUGUAUUAUUUCUAUUAAAAAAAAAGGUUAUUAUUUAAUGUUUAGGUCUUUUGUGUAUAAAACAGCAAUAUUUUUCGUACUGCAACUAUGCAAAAAUUGUAUUUGUUGUAUAUAGCCCGCCCCACCCCGACCCCUCAAAGUACGAAAAGAACUAACUGACGGAUUUUCUAAUUUUUAAUACAAUGAACUAUGACAGACAUUAACAAUUAUAAAAUGCUAGCCAAUCAGCUCUUCUCUGUAAUUAAUUUAUAUAACACAAUGUGUUUGUUGCCUUGUUAAAUUAAAAAUAUAUACAUUAAAAAUAUAUAUAUUUUACAAAAUAAAUAAUGUAAAUAGCUAUGAUUAUAUAACAAUAAAUUACGUUAAAAAAAAAUCUUAAUAAUUCCUUUUUUUUAUAUAUAUAUAUAUUAAGUGGUCAGUCGUUUUUAUUUAAUUUUAAUUUAAUUUUUUAGAUUUAAAAUGUUUUCAUUAUUUAUCAUACAUAAGUAGUUAUUUUUUAUUUAAUUUUUUUUUUAAUAUUCAUGGAUACUUUAUACAGGAAUUUGUUAUACAUCUAAACACUUAAAUAAUUUCACCCUCCAGAGUUAACUGAAAUAUUGUUUUUGUUAUAACCAAUACUAUGACUAGUAUACUAUUUUAAAUGCUACCCCUAGGUUUUUGUUUUUUUCAUAAUAAAAAAAUAAACCAAAUAUAUAUUGUAUAGAUUAAUAUUUGUAAAAGUUCAUGAUUUUAAUCCUGGAGACAAAAAUAUUUAAUUUGUGUUGCUCAUUAACAUCGAAACAUAUUAUUAAUUUAACAUUAUAGUGAUAUAUUGAUUGUAUUUGAAUUUAAGUUAUUUUAAACUAAUCAAUAUCUUGCUAUAAAACAACAUAACAAACAUGUAUUCAGUAUAAAGUAAUAAUUAUAAGUCUUCUGAACGUCUAUUCAAAUUUUUAAAUGAGUAGAACACCAUUUUAAUUAAUAAUUUUAAUAAAACUAUAGUUUAUUAAUAUUUAGUUUACUGUAAAUUAAAAUACCAAAAUGAAAAUGGGGGCAGGGAAAUGUAGAUUCAAUAUAUUUAAAUACACAAAUACUUAACAAUAGCAAGUCUCUUUAAUUGACCUCUUGAAAAUUGCUGUUUACUACUUAAUCUAGUGUUUUGAAAUAAUAUAUGAAGAGCUGUAAAGAUAAAACAUUAUAAUUUAAAAAAAAAAAAAAACCGUCAGUGGUGAGUAGUAAAAUAUUGAAAUGUAUUAUUAUAUUUGGUCAAAAACUGGUAACUUUAAUAAUGCUCACUAAAAUUGAUUUUAAUUUAUUAUGUAUCUAUUAUUUUUGCAAAAUGAGUUCAGUUAUAAGAUAACUUACCAAUCACUGUCUGUUAUCAGCCAUAAACUUGGUUAACCAAAACCGCCUUUGUUUAUGUUAGUGGAAGAGGCCCUAUGGCUAUGUUCUUAGCUCGGUCAUAGAUACUAUCUACUAUAUUAUGCUUAACUAAAUCUAAAUCAGACAGGGAAGGUACUUUAAGUAAGUCAUUUUAUAGGACUUUACACCAGUAGGAACUCUGAGC